AAUGAAACCGUACCUACAGACAGUGGUACUAAGUAUUGGUCUUCUUCUCUUGUCUAAGUCCUAAAACCCUACAACGAGUUAGUUCAAUAACUCGCCACUCAGCUGAAAGAAUCUUCUGCAGCCAUUGUCUGCAAGAUGAAUUUCAAAAACGUGAAUGUCCCUAAGGUUCCUGGUGGCGGAAUCGCUGCUUUGCUGAAAGCUAGCAUCAUCGGUGGGAUUGCUGUGUAUGGAGCUGCAAACAGUUUGUACAAUGUUGACGGAGGUCAUCGAGCCAUUGUGUUCAAUCGCAUUCUUGGUGUCAAAGACCAGGUCUAUCCUGAAGGGACACAUGUUAUGAUUCCUUGGUUUGAGAGGCCUGUGAUCUAUGACGUUCGUGCACGACCUCAUUUAGUAGAGAGUACUUCAGGGAGCCGUGAUCUUCAAAUGGUGAAAAUUGGACUUAGAGUCCUUACACGCCCUGUUCCAGACCAAUUACCAACAAUUUAUCGAACCCUGGGUGAGAAUUAUAAUGAAAGGGUGCUGCCUUCUAUUAUACAUGAAACUCUCAAAGCUGUAGUUGCACAGUACAAUGCCAGUCAGCUCAUUACUCAGAGAGAGACCGUCAGUCGAGAAAUAAGGAGGAUAUUGACUGAGAGGGCCUCCCAUUUUAACAUUGCUUUGGAUGAUGUGUCAAUCACAAGUUUGUCAUUUGGGAAGGAAUUUACAGCUGCCAUUGAAGCCAAGCAGGUUGCUGCUCAAGAAGCUGAGAGAGCUAAAUUUGUUGUUGAAAAAGCUGAACAAGACAAAAGAAGUGCUGUUAUUAGAGCUCAGGGUGAAGCCAAGAGUGCCCAGUUGAUUGGUCAAGCUAUAGCCAACAAUCCUGCAUUUAUCACCUUAAGGAAAAUUGAAGCUGCAAGGGAAAUUGCUCAAACGAUUUCAAAUUCUGCCAACAAGGUUUUCUUGAAUUCAGAUGAUCUCUUACUCAAUCUCCAGGAGUUCAAUUUGGACGCCAGUGGGAAGAAGAGAUAGUUGCGGGGCUGAAUUCACUUCAUUACUUUAACUUCUUUUUCCUUGUACCCAUAUUCAUUUUCACCUGCAUUUGCGUGUUAUCAACUGUUCAAAUAUGAGAUUGUCACAAACAAAAAUGUUGAUAAACUGGAUGGUCAUAAUCAUUAAAUGGAGCAAGCGAGAUAAAGGAGGUUCAAUCAGGUUUUAA